UUACCCUUGCACGUGAAGGAUACUCUCUGAGCAACACAGCAGACACUGUGCCGGCACGGAAGAGAACCGAUGUACACAGCAUCUCCCGAUAUUUUUGGAGACAUAACCAGUUAAUAGGGUUUAUCACAUAAAUUUCCCCAACACGAAUCAGCAAUGAGCAACUUAAGAACACUCGUGCGGAUGGUGGCCGCGGAAAGUGUGGGUCUCGCGCUGCUGUGGCUGACAAUGGUGGUGCUGCAUAUAUCCGCACUUAUCGUAGGGUUCCUGGACCUCGAUGCCAUGUUGCAGUUUGUUAUUGGGUUUACCAGUUAUCUGUUCAUCACGCACCUCUUGCUUAACGGAUGGCUCGUGCGCAUAUAUUGGGAGAAAAUAAGUCGGCUAAGGGCGGUAUUACUUUUUGUCACAUUCACCUUUCCUCUUUACUUGUUGUUGCUCCGCGUCCGGCAUGCUGUGGCCGCCUUUCGUGGGAGGAACCAGGUCGUGGCCCGGCGGGAGGCUCUGAAGGCCAGGUACGCCAUCUCUGUCGAAAACAGUGCCGUCGUGGAAUUCCCACCUCUUAGUGCGGCAGUGCAACGCACGAGCUGCGUCCCUCUCAGCGUUGAAACGUCGACGAAUGACUCCCAAGGCGACUGUGAAGUCUCGCUUAGGUCGUGGGUCGUUACAGAAACAAACGUCGAUGCCGACAGCAAGUUGAUCAAGAUGAGCUCCGACGACGUAGGGCUGAGGGAGCCGAAGAGCUUUUCGCAUCUCUUCAUGAGUGAUUUAUCCGAGCUCGUCGCCGGCCGGAAGACGCUCUCAUUCCACUUCGUUUUGGAUGCGAAUAACGACAUCAUCCACGUCUCGAAGACCAGCACCCUGCCCAACGGACUGCCAGACCGGGUUCGCAAUACAAGUCCUCUCACAAUUUGCAAUGAUACCCAUUACUUGAUCAACCUCAGCCAGGGCAUUGGGUAUGAGGUUGUCGCUAUUGCGGCGAGAAAUGAAAAAUCUUGUGUUACUGUUACGCAGACCAACCUAUCUUCAUUUUUAUGGUGUUAUACACUGUACAGCACCGCCCUCUUAGUCUAUGGACUGCUGGUGAACUUGCGUCAUAACGGCAGAGCCACCGGGUUGUACCACGCCGGCUGGAUGUGCACGGCCGCCGCCUGGCUCCUCACGUGCCGGGGUGUGGACGAGCCUUGGACUGACACUUUCGCCAAGAUCCCGCUGCGGUUGUGUUUCACCGUAUGCCGAAUCUUUCUGAUGUGUGGCGUCGCCAUGGGCGGGCUGGGCAACGUUGCCAUUUUGUACCUGAGCGCCAAAGCAGCGGGAUAUCUCGCCCUGGUCGGGGAGUUAGUAUACAAGAAGCUCAGAAGGAAUGUACGUCCCUGGGGCGAUGUCGUGGACCGCUAUUUCUUUGACAAGACUUUGGUGAUGAGCUACCAAGGGGGCGAGAGCGUCGUCUGCUGCGGUUGGGCCAUUUGGUGUCACGUCUGCCGUCCCUCCGAGCACAGCUUCGCCCUGCUCGUCGCUGUGCUGCUGUGCCAGGCUGCUGGGAUGAUUUACCUGAACUUCGUGAGAAGGUUUCUGAAAGAGCCCUUGAAGAAUCCUGUGCGUAUCCUUAUGAUGGCGAAGGACAGAAUGAAUGCAGCGGAGAAAAGUAUCUGAUAUAUUUAAAGAAAAUUCGUGUGUCUUCUUAUUUGGUUGCUUACUUGUGCAGUGUGCGCAAAGUACAUAGGUAACUACAUUGUCAGUAAGUAUGGAAUUGUACAUAAAAACUUUUAUACUCUUUAUCAGAUUAAUACUUAUUUUCACUCAAGGAAUAUCAGCAAACUUUCUUUAGGAAUGUAAAUAGAUUUUGUAAACAUAAUUGGUAAGUUGACUCAAGUUGUUUUAAUUAAAUAUUAGGUAUUUGUUACCGAGAGCGAAGCACCGACCAGAGACGAAAUCCUAAAAACAAGGUUAUAUGCGCACCCAAAACACAAACCUAACUCUUCCUACCUUCUAUUAUUCCCUAGAUAAGGUUACAAGCCCCCCUCCCCCACCACCCCCUUAUUAGCACCUCGUUCCAACUUAUUGAAAACGGACACGAAGAUCUCUGGCAUUGUAAGGAUGUUGUCUACUAUAAGAUGGCAGUCUAUUUCCCUCUGUCUCUGUGCGUCGCUCUCGGUAGCACGAUAUUAGUAUUUCAGUUUCCCCGCGACUACACUUGUAAAGGCUCUUUACGUCUCCAUUUCACUUUCUUUGAAACCGUUCCAAUGGGUUAUGUUACUUAACGUGCAAUGUACAUUAUUCACAUGUCUCAUUUAAGCACAUGUUGAAAUGUCGAUAUUUAUAACCGAGAGCGUCGCACCCUCCAGAGAUGAAGCUUAAAACCAAAAACCAUACCAAGUAUUUCCUAUCUUCUAUUUAUUCCCUACGAAGGGGGGUGGCAACCCCCACCCCUUUAUUAGCACUUCGUACCAAAUUACGGAAAACGCAACAUUAAGUGUUGUGGAUCGGUGACAUGCAGCUGAUAUUUUCAUUAUUUCGCGGUGAAUAUGAGGCUGCAGCAGCUGUCCCUGUGUUGUUUAUAACUUGAUUGUAGAAAGCAUUGCAAAGGAUUUUUAUGUCGUCUUAUUUCUUUACAAGAUAGCGGUAUCCUUUUCCCUCUAUCUUUGUGCGUCGCUCUCGGUAACUUUAACCGAAAUGUCUCCUUGCCCUAAACAUCGUGCAGCUAUAGUAAAGGCCACAUAUGUUUGUAAAAAAAGUAAAAAUAAAAUAAUCAGUGCCAAAGAGGAAAUGCUGAAUUUGAAUGUUUAAAAAAAAAAAAAACGGGAGGAAACAUUUUAACAGAAUGUAUGAACAACUGAAAUACCAUAGAUAAAAAUGAAUCCUACUUUUCCCCGAGUUGCAAAGGUGAA